AUGAGUUUAGAGAGAAAGUCCUUCUUCGACUUCACUUCCCCUUUUGAACUGAAAAGGCCAAUUGAAAUAUUUUAAAAAUCCUUAAAGGAUCAAUUUUAUGUUCUCAAAAAUAACAAGUUCAAGUUGAAGACCCUGGUGCUUCAACGUAAUUACUUGAUCAAAUUUAGUUCUAAGAAACCAAGCCAAAAGUACUUUAAUAUAACAAAUGCUUUGCUUGAAUUAGUCAAUCACCCUCAAAUGGGAACAGGAAUUUCAAUAAGUAAAAACGGAGAAAAUUUUACAUUCUAUGGUCUAGUGGACAAAUGGUACACCAACUUAAAAAAAUGGUGUGUGUAACCUAACUUUUAGAAAGAGUACUGUAUGAUUAAACUUAUCGGAAAGGGAAGCUUUGCUAAGGUGUAUAAAAUUUAGAGACUAGGUGAUAAAAAAGAAUUUGCAGUGAAGCUAUUUGAUAAAACCACUUUUAAAACUCAAGAUAGACCUGCCUUGCUCAAAGAAAUUGAAUUAAUGAGAAUAAUGAACCAUUCAAAUGUAGUCACUAUUCUUGAAACUUAUGAAAACGAGCAAUAUAUAUUUAUAGUACAAGAAUUAUUCAACGGCGGAGAACUCCACCAGGAAUUGAAAAAAACUCAAACCUUUUCAGAAUAUGGAGCCUUCAUAGUUAUUCAAUAAGUGAUAGAGGCCUUAAAUUACAUACAUUCCCAUGGAAUCAUCCACAGAGACAUCAAACCCGAAAACAUCAUUUUAAGAGAACAAGGAGCUAUAGAAUAGGUGGUACUAGCUGACUUUGGUUUGGCUGAUUACUUCAGGAAGGAUUGCAAAUAUAUGUUUACUAGAUGUGGUACUCCUGGUUUUGUUGCACCCGAAUUAUUGCAAGAUAAAAUUUACGAUUAUAAAGUCGAUAUAUAUAGUUGCGGGAUACUUUUAUACUAUUUGCUCGUAGGCAAAGGGCCAUUCGAUUCAAACAACUAUGAUCAGACAGUUAUGGCCAACUUUAAUGGAUGGGUAGACUUGACAAGGUUUCAAUUUUCGAUUGAAUGUCUUGAAUUGUUAAGAGGCAUGUUGGACCCAAACCCUCUCAAAAGAUAUUCGAUAGAUCAAAUUCAACAAAGUUAAUUCUUUAGAAAACAUUCAACAAUUUUCCAACAAAUAGGAAGUCAAAGUAGUCUGGCCAGCAUACCUUCCUAAAGGGACUCACCAUCAAUUUCUCCCUAACAAAGUCCAAAUCAAGAAUCAAAGAAGUCCCCAAGCGAUUUAAAAAAUAGAUAAGUCAACUCUUGUGUUUCGCCAUUACAAUUACCAGUUAGAUUAAAUACAACCAGCUUCUCUCCAUUAUCAGCUCCUUUUGGAAAGCCAAGAAAUAUACAAAGAAUACCCAUACAAAUAUGA